AUUGUCAUUAUGAGAUCCCAGGUUUACACAGCACAGUAUAUUUUUUCAAUCAUUUGUAUAAAAAUUUGAAUUUUCUGAUGAUUAAAAAGACCAAUGAAGCACUAAAUGUAAUCAGAUUUUUUUUUUUUUCUGAUGCAGUCGUUAAACUCCUCCUCGUUUACAGCCGUCUCCAACCGUUGCUGGAGAGAUCGUUUGCUGGAGUUUUGCUGUUACCAUAGUUUGAACUAAACGGAAUCACGUUAUUAACCAGUUAAGUCUUAGAAUCAAGUAGGUCUGAAUAUGAUUGGAGCAAAAACAUGAUGCCCCCAGAUGCCCCCAGUCUGGCUAACUUUCAAAUCACUAUGGAACCACCUAGUGGACACAGUGUGCUACAACAACAAAGUGUCAUUUAGUGUCAUUUAGCCUACAUCCACAAAUACAACAGAUGUCAGGUACACACACACAUUCACUUGUAUUCCUACAAUGAAAUUAAGCAUGUCCAACAAACUCUUAAAGACUUAACAAUGUCUAAUAACUAUGAGUUCAUUUAGCAGACACUUUUAUGUUAAGAGACUUCUCUGAACUGAAGUUGUCAGAGAGUUUAAACCUUCAAGUCCAGAAGAGACUGCAACUCAGUAGAUUCAUCAGUAUGUCAGAAUCAAAGCAGUAGUAUUUCUAUUAGGGUUGAGGCCAUAGACAAACUGUUGAGGAAAACCCAAUCUUCAAGUAUAUAACCUGAUGAUAUAAGUAAUGAAUGACACCUUGUUAAUGCUGUAAUUGUAUUCACAAGCAGACAUUACAUGUACAUUUGAGUCCAUGAAGAAGGGUGACAUGUUCCAGUCACUCAGCAUCAUGAAGAAGGGUGACAUGUUCCAGUCACUCAGCAUCAUGAAGAAGGGUGACAUGUUCCAGUCACUCAGCAUCAUGAAGAAGGGUGACAUGUUCCAGUCACUCAGCAUCAUGAAGAAGGGUGACAUGUUCCAGUCACUCAGCAUCAUGAAGAAGGGUGACAUGUUCCAGUCACUCAGCAUCAUGAAGAAGGGUGACAUGUUCCAGUCACUCAGCAUCAUGAAGAAGGGUGACAUGUUCCAGUCACUCAGCAUCAUGAAGAAGGGUGACAUGUUCCAGUCACUCAGCAUCAUGAAGAAGGGUGACAUGUUCCAGUCACUCAGCAUCAUGAAGAAGGGUGACAUGUUCCAGUCACUCAGCAUCAUGAAGAAGGGUGACAUGUUCCAGUCACUCAGCAUCAUGAAGAAGGGUGACAUGUUCCAGUCACUCAGCAUCAUGAAGAAGGGUGACAUGUUCCAGUCACUCAGCAUCAUGAAGAAGGGUGACAUGUUCCAGUCACUCAGCAUCAUGAAGAAGGGUGACAUGUUCCAGUCACUCAGCAUCAUGAAGAAGGGUGACAUGUUCCAGUCACUCAGCAUCAUGAAGAAGGGUGACAUGUUCCAGUCACUCAGCAUCAUGAAGAAGGGUGACAUGUUCCAGUCACUCAGCAUCAUGAAGAAGGGUGACAUGUUCCAGUCACUCAGCAUCAUGAUGCUCUUGUCAACGUUCUGCCUCUCAAAGCACACAGUAUAG